CUGACGUCCGAGUUGUGAAUGGUCACCGAUGUGAACUUGCCAUACGUUUACGCAUGUUGCUUAUAAAGCUGUCGUCACAAUCAGAUUUACCGAGGGCACGACACCCUUCGACUCCCACGUUGGUGCCAUGGAGCACGGCAAUGCACUGACGCAUAAGAAUGGGCGUCAAAGAAAGCAGGCUGCUGUGGGUCUCCGCCAUUCUGAAAGCAUCAAGGACGGCAACAGGACCGAGAUGGGUGUCAUUGACCCGGAAGUAGAAGGGGAAGCCGACUGCCCCACCCUCGGGUCGGAUUCCGAAGUCAGGAUGCGUCCCAGGGUCCGCCGAGGCAUUCAGGCCGAGUUGGGGAACGUGUCCCUUCUUCUCUUCCUCUAUGUGCUGCAAGGGAUUCCCCUCGGGCUGGCUGGCAGCAUUCCGUUGCUCCUGCAGGGCAAGAACGUCAGCUACAAAGACCAAGCCGUCUUUAGCUUUGUAUUUUGGCCGUUUAGCCUCAAGCUUUUAUGGGCGCCGCUGGUGGACGCGCUCUACUUCAGCAAGUUUGGUAGAAGAAAAUCCUGGCUGAUCCCCACGCAGUACCUGUUGGGCCUGUUCAUGCUCUACCUUUCUCUACGAGUUGACUCGCUGCUGCAGCGUGACGGCGGCCCGAACAUCAUUGCACUGACGUCUGUCUUUUUUAUGCUGGCCUUUCUCGCAGCUACGCAGGACAUUGCUGUAGAUGGCUGGGCGCUAACGAUGCUAUCAAGAGAGAAUGUGGGAUACGCAUCAACAUGCAACUCGGUGGGCCAGACCGCUGGCUACUUCCUGGGUAACGUCCUGUUUUUGGCGCUGGAGUCCGUCGACUUCUGCAACAAGUACCUCAGGGUAGAACCCAAAGAGACCGGCAUCGUCACGUUGUCAGACUUCUUGUUUUUCUGGGGGGUGGUGUUCCUGGUUUCCACGACGCUGGUGGCCGUCUUGAAAAGCGAGAACGAGCCCGGCAAAGGCAAGGGGGCCGACCCCGAGGAGACGCAGGGGGUUUGGGAAACCUACAAGUUGCUCUUCACUAUCAUCAAGAUGCCCGCCGUCUUCACCUUCUGCGUUCUGCUCCUCACCGCCAAAAUCGGCUUUUCCGCGGCCGACGCGGUGACGGGUCUGAAGUUGGUGGAAGCUGGCGUUCCCAAGGCGCAGUUGGCAUUGCUGGCGGUGCCCAUGGUGCCGCUACAGAUCCUCCUGCCCGUGGUCAUCAGUAAGUACACAGCGGGGCCCAGACCUUUGGAUGUCUUCUACAAGGCCUUCCCUUUCAGGUUAAUCAUUGGCCUGGAGUUCGCUCUGCUUGUCUGGUGGACUCCGAAUGUGAGACAAGAAGAAGGCUUCCCUGUUUACUACUACGGCGUUGUACUGCUUAGCUACGCGGUGCAUCAGAUAACAUUGUACAGCAUGUACGUCGCCGGGAUGGCCUUCCACGCCAAAGUGAGCGACCCGCUGAUCGGCGGCACCUACAUGACGCUGCUCAACACAGUCACCAAUCUGGGUGGAAACUGGCCCUCCACUGUGGCGCUGUGGUUGGUGGAUCCCCUCACCUGGAAGGAGUGUCAGGGGGCCUUCGGGCAAACGUGGGCCUCACCGGAGGCGGCGGGGCUGUGCAUCAAGGCGGGCGGCACUUCCGCCACAACGCUGGACGGCUACUACGUGGAGUCGGUGGUGUGCGUGCUGAUCGGCUUAGCCUGGUGGGUGUGGUUGGGGAAGAAAAUGAAGAGGCUGCAGGACCACGGUCCUGCUGCGUGGAGAUGCAGACUCAUCACAGUCAAUGACUAAAACCGGUCCCCGUGGAAAAGAACAUUUCAAUGCCGGAUGCUUCACUCAAGCUACUUUUUUAUUUCAAAGCCUUUUGUUUCUUCGCCGUCGGAAUCAGACUCAACGACCGGAGGGCAUCAAGUAAGGAUCCGCUCGCUACCAGAAGCAUAAAAAAAACUAUGCAAGAUGCGGGGACACCUUAUGGUUAUUGUUUAUUUAAAUGAUAGUGAAGGAACAACUCAUUUUUGCAAGCAUGCUUUACUCAUGCUUUGGAGGGAAAUAGUAAAAAAAAAAAAAAAAAAAAAAAAGUAUAUUGACUGGACUAGUCACUAGGUAAACUUGAACAAUAUUGAUUUUUGUUCUGGUGAGGGGAACAAAAUUGAACUCGAUUACAUUGUAACGACAAUAUAAGUUUAUGUACUGUACGUUGUAAAUGGGAUUUUAUCGCGGAUUGGUGAGUUCAGUUCCCCUGAGUAAGAAGUGCCAUUCCAUAUGGGAUACAAAAUAUCUUUGUAUGCAUUUUUCGUUUUGCAUUACUAUCAACAAACCGACUCGGUACAGACGGUUUUUCAUUUAUUAUUGCGUUGGAGCUCAUGUUGUGCAGGUAUAAAAAAAUUUGGUGGGUGUAUGAGGAAACACUUUUUUUUUAAAUUUUUUAAUUUGAUUUGACAGAUUUUGAUUUGGGUCGUAAGUGAGCAAAGCCUUUUAAGAAAUGUACUGAUAAGAUACUAUAAUAAUGAACGUUUGUUGUCCUAGAUGCAAAGCAGUUUGCAAGUGCUUUCCUUGAAUAACAAAAACAAUCUUGCCGUAACAUCUUGCCUGAUAUAAAUAAAACUCAAUAUAAAAACUAAAAUAUUACUUCUUUCCAUAAAUACCGUCAGCAAUGUACCAAUGUAACAAUAUUGAUCCUUUGUGGUUGAUGUUUAAAACUGCUGGAUCCAAACAAGCGUCUAAUAUUUCUGUUACCUCAGAUACGUGAGAAUAAAAAUAUUAAAAAUCUACAUAAUGCAGUUUUACACGACGACAAAGUGCAGCCAUAAUAUCAAUAAAUGUUAGUCAAAACUUAAUUUAUAUAGAUAUAUAUAAAAUGUUCAGGAUCCCGGUGCAUAAUCGCGUUAAUCUGGAUCGAAUGCAUCCUUGAAUUUUGCAACCUGAUCGUGACACUUUAUUUCAACAACUCAUCCAGUUGUGUAUAUUUUAAUUAUGAUCAGACUGAUUUUAUAGCUUUCAUUUCUCGUCAACUCAGAUCUGAUUUAUGAGAAGGUAUUUUUUUUAUAUGUGCCUUGUUUAACAUGUAAAGACAGUGAAUACAAAGUUGUGACGCAAGCUACCCAGUUUCAACUUUUUUUUUUUUUCCAUAUCUUCACAAGACCCAACACACGAUCACCUGUUACAAGUUAAAAAUGAAAAAAAUUACACUUUUAUGCCAAUAACUCACCCUUACAAUCUCAAAUUUUGUAAAUGACAAUCUUAAAUGAUUUCUGUUACCAAGCAUGCCAGAUUUUUGUGAGCCAGAUUGCAAAUGUAGCCCAACAAUUUCUUCAAAAGAUCCAAGAAUUUGGGACGAAGUAUACGACUUGACUCUGGGAUUGGACAUUGGGAUCUCGAAUGUUCUGAACUCCUGUUUAUUCGAGGUUAUCAAUUGCACAAAAUCAGUUAUGUCCAUCCGCACUGUAAAGGCUGGAAGCUUUUUAGUUACUGCUCUGCGUCAUUUGGAGGAAAUAGUGGAUGUGUAAUGAUUGUGUUGUAAAUUUCAAUCUUGUGGCUAUGUCCGUUUUAAUUGGUCAAAAUCAAUUUUUGGCCUUUUGUAAUGGAAAGUAAUUCUGAACAUUGUUGAAAAUCUAGGUUUCAAAUCAUAAUUACGAAAGGGACAGAAUGAAGUGAAAUUUGUGUUGAUUUCAUGUGUGAUGUCGCGACAGGUUUCUUCAUGUAAAUUAAAAGAUAAUAAUUGACUGAUGGCUGUAAGUGUUGAGUGCUGUCACACACACAGGACACACAAUAUUUUUGCAUUUUAUUUUAAUUCUCCUUGCUUAACCUGUAAUCUUAAAAUGUCCUCCCAAACGCGCGAGCUCGAUGCAAAGUAGCUAAUGCACCUUGAAAUUUUUUUUUUGGAGAGCAUUUUUAACUGAAGUGCUCAGAUCAACUGGUAGCACCAGGAGCAGCGACGGUGAGGUGGAGGUUCUUCAAAAAUGUCAAAUGACGAUAAUCCAAGCAAGAAUUCCAGAAGUAGUAUCUCAGUCAGUAUGUGCCUCCAAGCACAAUUAACUCACAAUGACAAAAAGUGAACCCCCCAGCCCCCCGAAAAUUGUGAGGUUUACAAGUUCAGGCCUUCAAAUUCAUUCAAUGGAUAGCUCCAUAUUAGAUGCCAGCGUAAGCCACACCGAUACCUCUCUUUUGAACUAUAAACCUAAUUAAACCUUUUGUCAUUGAAUCAGGACUCAUUUGUCUCCCAGCAAGACUUCUUGAAAGGAACUCACCGAAACAGCACAAAGCACUUUGGAUGUCUUUUUUUUUUUUUUUUUUUUUU